AUGAAACCCGCAAAUCAAUACAUCAGAUGGAAUUUAGCGUUUACAUUUCUAAUAUUCUUCUUCAUCACAUCUUCCAUUUGGAUUCCAGCUAUUCCUGUAAUUAAUGACUUUGCUUUGGAAAUUGUGACAAUCGUGAGUAUAGUUCUACAUCUUUUAUGGUUUACCGCCGUUUUCAAUGCACUACGGUACACAUGGUAUCUGCGAAGGCAUAGUUAUCAUAAAAUCGACCUCAGCAAGGUCAAUAAUCUAGAAAAUGUCAUGGUCAAGCACUUGGUUGGCAUUUGCAUCUAUAAAGAACCUCUGCAGCUCGUUAUGGAUACCGUUGAUAGCAUAUGUUCUCAACCGAAUGCCAAAUUGAAGAUCACUUGCUUAGUUGCCAUGGAAGAGGGAACACCGGAUAAAGAAGAGAAGAGCCGGCUUUUGCACAAGAAAUAUGAUGAGAAGUUUGAACGCUUCAUUGUCACCUUCCAUCCAAAAGGCCUUCCCGGUGACAUUCCUGGGAAGUGCUCGAAUUUUAACUACGGCUCUCGUCAAGCAGUAAAGCAACUUAGGCUCGAUAAAGACUAUCCACUUGAUUCGGCCGGUGAUAAAGUUGAGUUGCUUGUUACAACAGGCGAUUGUGAUUCCAUAUUCGGUGAAAGGUACUUCGAUUCUCUUGAAGAAGACUACUGGAAGCUCAAACCUGAGGUGAGAAAUACGUUUCAGCAACGUCAAUAUACAGUGUGGCAGUCACCAUUGUUCUACUGCAUCAAUCCCCAUAGAUCGCCAUUUUUCGUGAGGAUAACUGGCUUUUUGAGAGCUUUUUUUAUGAUGGGUUAUUUAAUACCAUGGAACAUCAACACCAUGAGUAUAUUUUCUCUUACUCUAAAACUUUUCGAGGACGGCGAGUAUACUCAUCCAGGAUAUCAGAAGUGUGUGAUCCGGGUUAUACCAGUUGCAACUCUUAGCGGACCAACAAGUGGAAAGAACUAUAUAGAUGAAUGGUAUGAAUGGGCUCGACAGAUUCGGCGGUGGACCAUAGGGGCAGCUGAGGUGUUCCACUACUUCGUCAUAAAGUUCUUCAGGCUCCCCGUGACUGUUUCACUGUCAUUUGCUGCCAAGUUCAUUUUCUACUACGGAUUUCUCUUGUGCAUCGCCUCCGUGUAUAGCAUAGUGGCUCCACUCUUAACGCCAAUUGUUCUAAACGCUGUUAAUCACGGUGUCAAGGGCCUCCUGAUAUCGUCACAAAACAAUUUCACUUACAUUAUGUUGGGAUUUCUCGGACUACAGUAUUUCUGGUUCUUCUGUGUAUUCCUUGUGAUUUACUUGUGCGAGCCAGUGUUUCCGGCAAGAACUAGAGAUAGAACAGGAAUUCUUCGCAAUAUAUUUCAUUUUAUAAUGACGUGGCCCACUAUCACCAUGUAUUGUUUAGUGGAAAUGGCAGCAUUCUUAGAGGUUACUGUGCGAGGAAAAUCGGUUUGUUCUCAUAAUGCUUCCAAGAAGGACAAUUUAGUUGCUGCAGCUCCCGACAUGACACCCGAUAGGAUGGAAGUUUGA